UAAGGGUCCAAAGUAAUACAAUAGAGACUAAACUGGACUUACCCAAACUCCAUCAUUCAUUUCUUUAUGAACAAGUAAAACACAAUUUAGAAGUUAGGAGCUUUUCUCUCUCUUUCUCUCUCUCUCUCGGCUUCGUCUUCAUCGGUGUUACUGAGAGAGAUUUUCAGCCAUGGCGGCACUUCAGUACUUGGAAUCGUUUUGCAAUGCUCAUUCACAGAUUUCCGAUUGGUACACUACUCUAGCAGAUCUGUACCAGAAGAAGCUCUGGCAUCAGCUUACUCUCAAGCUCGAACAGUUCGUUGCUCUACCCGUUAUUCAGGCUGGUGACGGACUAAUACAGUUGUAUCACAACUUCAUCACUGAUUUUGAGACAAAGAUCAAUCUUCUCAAGCUUGCACAUUUUGCAGUCAUUGUUUCUCGGCAAUACCCCGAGAAAGAAGCCGCUAUAGGCUUCCUCGAAGGAGUGACGGAGAAACUUCAUAAUACGAAAGAGACACGGAUAGAGGAGCCGAUUCUUUAUAUUAAGAUGCAGAUUGCCCUACUUAGGCUUGAGCAAGGAGAUCCAAAAGAGUGCCAGAAACUUUUAGAUGAGGGGAAAACUACACUUGAUAGCAUGACUGACAUUGAUCCAUCUGUCUAUGCAAGCUAUUAUUGGGUUUCAUCUCAGUACCAUAAAGCUCGCCAGGAAUUUGCCGAUUUCUACAAAAGUGCUCUUCUUUAUCUCGCGUACACUUCAGUGGAAUCUCUUUCUGAAUCAUUUAAGCUGGAUUUGGCUUUUGAUUUGUCCCUGUCGGCAUUGCUGGGAGACAACAUAUACAACUUCGGAGAACUGCUUGCUCAUCCGAUUAUAAAAAGUCUGAUAGGGACCAAGGUUGAGUGGCUCUAUUAUAUUCUUGAAGCAUUUAACACCGGUGAUUUGGUUCACUAUCAAAAAUUAUGCCAUGUCCAUCAAGCUGCUUUAAAUGCUCAACCAGCGUUGGUGCAGCAUGAGAAAAAGCUUCUCGAGAAGAUCAACAUUCUCUGCUUGAUGGAAAUUAUCUUCAGUCGCCCAGCAGAUGAUAGAACUAUCCCCCUGAGUGUGAUUGCAAACCGCACAAAGUUAAGCGUGGAGGAUGUCGAAUAUCUGCUCAUGAAGAGCCUCUCUGUGCAUCUGAUUGAGGGAAUACUUGAUCAAGUCGAAGGGACAGUUCAUGUGUCCUGGGUGCAACCAAGAGUUCUGGGAAUUCCUCAAAUCAAGUCACUGAGGGAUCGGCUAGACAAUUGGGUGGAUAAAGUACACACUGCUCUGUUAUCCGUGGAGGCUGAAACUCCUGAUCUAGUUGCAGCAUAAUCUUUUACUUUUUCCAGUGUCCUUUAUCCGUAAUAGCUGCCCACGCCUCCCUUCUGAAAUUUACUUCUUGCAGAGAGUUGAGAAGCUAGGGACUGUGGUCGUGUUUUCAUAGGCCUUUAUUUGUAUGUCCCGGUUUAUGCUGCGAAAUUGUUGAUCUCAUUGAUUUUCUUUCUUCCAGAUAGUCUCUUGUUCUUGUAUUUGAUUACUUCUAAUUCGGACUGCAAAAUUGUUGGAUCUCAUUGUUAUGUUUUUGUUAUUUCUUGCUCCUUACGGUGCACUACAAUUAAAUAGCAUCCAACUUCUUAUAGAAGUGAGUUUUAUCAUUUA